AUGUUCAUUAAAAACGAUCACGCCGGUGACAGGAAACGUUUGGAAGACUGGAGAAUCAAAGGUUAUGAUCCAUUAACCCCUCCAGAUCUGCUUCAACAUGAAUUUCCAAUUUCAGCCAAAGGUGAAGAAAAUAUUGUCAAAGCAAGAGACUCUGUCUGUGACAUUUUAAAUGGUAAAGAUGACCGUUUAGUUAUCGUCAUCGGACCAUGUUCUCUACAUGACCCCAAAGCCGCUUACGAUUACGCCGACAGAUUGGCUAAAAUUUCAGAAAAGUUGUCAAAGGACUUAUUAAUUAUUAUGAGAGCAUAUUUAGAAAAGCCAAGAACUACUGUUGGCUGGAAAGGUUUGAUCAACGAUCCUGAUAUGAACAACUCUUUUCAAAUCAAUAAAGGUCUACGGAUUUCAAGAGAAAUGUUCAUUAAACUGGUUGAAAAAUUACCCAUUGCUGGUGAGAUGUUGGAUACCAUUUCUCCACAAUUUUUGAGUGACUGUUUCUCCUUGGGUGCCAUCGGUGCCAGAACUACUGAAUCCCAACUGCACAGAGAAUUAGCAUCUGGUCUAUCUUUCCCUAUUGGAUUUAAAAACGGUACUGAUGGUGGUUUGCAAGUUGCCAUCGAUGCUAUGAGAGCUGCUGCACAUGAACAUUAUUUCCUUUCUGUUACAAAGCCAGGUGUCACUGCUAUCGUAGGCACUGAAGGUAACAAGGAUACCUUCCUGAUCUUGAGAGGUGGUAAGAACGGAACUAACUUCGACAAAGAAAGUGUUCAAAAUACCAAGAAACAAUUAGAAAAGGCCGGUUUGACUGAUGAUUCCCAGAAAAGAAUUAUGAUCGAUUGUUCCCACGGCAACAGUAAUAAAGAUUUCAAGAACCAACCAAAGGUUGCCAAAUGUAUUUAUGACCAGCUGACGGAGGGUGAGAAUAGUCUCUGUGGUGUUAUGAUUGAGUCCAACAUAAAUGAAGGUAGACAAGAUAUUCCCAAAGAAGGUGGCAGAGAGGGAUUGAAGUAUGGUUGUUCUGUUACGGAUGCUUGUAUUGGCUGGGAGUCCACCGAACAGGUAUUGGAGCUAUUGGCAGAAGGUGUUAGAAACAGAAGAAAGGCCUUGAAAAAAUAG